CGCGUCACGUCCCCCAAACGCCCAAAGAAGAAGAAAAUAACAGGCGCGGGCUGAAGUCUGAAUUUGAACUGUGGAAAACAGAGAAGCUGCACACGAUGUCUCUGAGCCACAAGUUUCAAGACGUGGAGGAGAACGGGGAGAUGCUGGUGGCCUUCAUCAACAGCAGUCAGCCCGAGAAGCUGAGAGAAGUGAAAGUCGAGCGCCAGGCCCUCAUUGACAAGCACCUAGAAACAAAGAAGACUGUGAAACAGAUUCUUAAAGACAUGGCACAGAUCGAGGAGCGCGCGGGUCAGAGGCUGCUGGACAUGGAGGAGCAGAAGCAGCAUAGGCAGAAGGAGCUGGAGGACUUGGAGGAGCAGCUGCAACGGUGCACGGCCAAAAGCCAGAUCACCGACUCAGAAAUCCAGUUCCUGCAGACGGAGCUGGAGAGUGUGAGAAACACUGAGAGGGAGCUGGAGACUCUACAGAAUGAGGUGGACGAAGACACCACCGAGGUCAUCCCGUCUGCAGUGUAUGUGGCUCAGGUGUACUACCUAAUAACCAAGAUCAAGUGGGAAUACGACACGCAGCCCAACAUUUUGAAAGGAGUGCACUAUGGUCCAGAUCUGGCCACGCCCAUCAACGUUGACACGUCUGUCCGCUCUCGAAGCGAUAUCAGCGAUCAGCUGUGGGACUUUGUCAGCACCGAGUGGUAGAUGAAGAACAUUUGUUGUGUAUAUUAGUAUUAUUUUUUUUUAUUAUAUCUGUCUGUUGGUCUUCUUGUUGUUUUUCUUCAUGUCAAACUGUUGUGUAAAAUAAAUAUCUCCCAA